UCGCCAGCUCCAGCUCCAGCUCUAGCAUGCAAGACGUCGACGCCGCCACCGAGCCGUACGAGGCCGCGCGCAACCUCCUCGCGGGGACGAAGCGCUACACCUACGUCAGCCAGGAGCUGCUCGCAGCCGGCUACGUCCCGAGCCUCCCAGUCGCCCGGUUUCGACUCGCACUCGAACCACUGCUGCAUCAGCGACCCCGUCGUCUCGAUGCUGCAGCGCUACCCGUCGGGCGGUCGGGCGUCGUCCCUGCUCAAAAUGUGCAGAAGGACCACGGCGCGUCGAUCGCGUCCAUGCGGCGGGACGCUCAUCCUGCGUCGAUCGAAGCUGCCUUAAUCGUCCACUUCGAGACGUACGGGCUUGCACCCGUGCUCUCGCACAUCGCUGUCGGCAGCGCCUCGUCGACACCUCUCUUGACACCGACAGUUCCGACGAAGUGCAGCUUUGGGACGCUCCUCGUCGUCUUGCCGACGCAUCAUCAUGGCGGCCAAGUGACGGCCACGUACAUGGGCUUCUCGAAAGCGCUGGUCACGGAUGCGACAAGCGCCACGUACGCGGUGGUGCACCGCGGCGCCUCCUUGUCAGUCACGCCCGUCAAGAUCGGGCACGUGGUCAUUGCCGUCUUUGACUCGUUGACCAGCGCCCGCCGCGCAACGAGCCCCCUCUCUCGCGCGCCGCCUUCGGUCGUCCAUGACAUGAUCGGCUUCGCGGUCCAUGCCGGCGCUGCUCUCGAAUAUCUUUGCCUUCCGCACCACCUUUCUCAAGAUACGGCGUUCCUGGCGGCGCAAUUCGAGUCCAAGGCCUUUGAUGUUGCCGCUGUGCUCGUGUACCCGCGCCUCGGCAACACCGGCGCGUCUUCUUUCCAAAUUCUUCGUGGAACGAUGCACCCGGCGCUGGGGCUCGAGCCCAACGUGAUAGCGCACCUUGUGUACCGAAAGGUGCCGGUCUUCCUCCGCAACCUCGCUCAAGAGCCGAGUGACACGGAGCCGAAGAACAUGCUUGGUGGCGCUUCGUACACGUGCAACGAGUAUGAUUGCCCGGGGAUCUUCUUCUCGGCCGACCUUGGUCGCCAAGUGAACGGCUUUGGCGACAUUGGCCUCGUCAAGCGCUUCUGGGCCAAGCGCGCGACCGUGGUUUGCAUGAAUCACCUCCAUCUCUUCGCGUCGACGAUCCAGCGUGCGUUCGAGCUCUUUGGCGUCGACGCCCUCAUGCCGGCGCUCGAAGCGCUCCUCUCGAGCUGGCAAGUGACGUGGGCCCACUUUGCGAGCAGUGUUCGACUCGUGGCGAGCCUUGUGGGAGUCUCGGGCAAGGCUGAGUAUCUUCCCCAACACGUCGCCACGAUGACACUGGACUACGAGGACUCGAAGGAGCUCAUGCAGGUGGCACUCGCGAACGCCGUGCGCCUCGAGUCGUACCUCUUUGACGAUCCGCUGCACGGCAAGAUGCCCCGGAGCUCAAUAUGCACGUACCAAGAUUGUCUUCCACCCGUGGACUUGGCGCCGACCCAAGUGCCAUGGCUCGACGCGCUCUUGCAGGCCACCACCACGAGCGACGAGAUUGAGCCCUUCGACGUCGACGGCGACAGCGUGGAUACGGGUGACGAGUGCGACGUCCAGGUCGUCGCCAGCCAUGCGGCCAACGUGCUUUGCGCCUUCCACGCCGUGGACGCACUCGACGCGGAGACGCUCACGCGCAUCUUGGUCAUGGCGCGCCGCGCGGCGUCGGAAGCACUCGCUCUCUUCUUGGAUGCGGUGGCGGCGGAUGCGGCGCUACUUCAACCUCGUGCGUCCGCGUUUGACCCUCUGCGUGCUUUGAUUUUGCACCGGGACAACGACCCGGACCUGCACCGCGCCUUCGAGCAUCGCCUGCAGCAAGCGACGACGCCAUUCGACCGAGAGCUCGCGCUUGACGUCGCAUUUGAGACUGGCAGCGACGACUGCGAGAGCUUUGACAAGUGGCUUCGCUCGCCGACGAUGGUGACGAGGAGCAACCCAUCGCCAGUGUGCGCCACCAUUCGAGUGUUUGCGGCGGCCCACGCACAUGUGCUCGACACGAUCGACAUGCACGACACGGUUGUCGUGACCAAGCGGCUGCCCCAGCACGAGCGCCGUGAUCAAGCUGCGAUCAUGAUGCUUUGGCUCCAGCGCCGCCUCGCCGAAGACGACCACGCGCGCCGCCACGCCAACACCGUUGAUGGCAACACCGUCAACGACGACGACGACGAGCCCGCACCCAAGCGCCUCAAGUCGUCGUAGCUGCUUCCGUCGCAGUCGCUUCUUCCUUCUCGUUUCAGUGUGCAUGUCCAGCCUCGUACAAGUGCGUCGUACCGAUCAAUCUAAGUCAUUUGCCUUG